UCCGGUUCUCUCUCCGGAACCUUCUCCCUCGUCUCCUGCUGCGGUUUCUCUGACUCCUUACUCACCUCAAACUUAUUGGGAUUCUGUCUUAAAGGUGGCUGCGUCAGAUGGGACGUUAGCGAUGGAGGAGGGAUACGAACUUGACCUGACCUACAUCACGGAGCGCAUCAUCGCCGUGUCCUUCCCCGUGGUCUGCUCAGAGGACGCGUACAGGGCGAACCUGCACGAUGUCACGUGCAUGCUCAAGUCCAAACAUGCUGACAACUACUUGGUGAUCAACCUUUCCGAAAAGCGGGCGGAUCUCACCAAAACGAACCCCAAGACCCUGGACACCGGCUGGGCGGACCUACACGCCCCGCCGCUGGACAAGAUCUGCACCAUCUGCAAGGCCAUGGAGACCUGGCUGAACUCCGACCCCCAGCACGUGGUGGUCAUUCACUGCCGUGGUGGAAAAGGGAGGAUUGGGGUGAUCACUUCAUCCUUUGUGCAUUUCACUGAAGUCUCUGCGAGUGCUGACCAGGCCUUGGAACGCUUCGCUAUGAGGAAGUUCUACGACGACAAAGUGUCACCCAUGAUGACACCCUCACAGAAGAGGUAUGUCUGGAUUCUAAACAGCCUCUUGACCGGCUCCAUAAAAAUGAACACCUCCCCUCACUUCCUGCAUUGCGUCAUUCUCCACGGGAUACCUGACUUUGAGAAUGGAGUUUGCCGACCGUACUUGAAGGUCUACCAGGGAAUGCAAUUGGUCUACUCUUCUGGGAUUUAUCACAUAGGAGCAGGACACAGAAACAGGCUGUACAUCGCCCUGCAGCCUGCACAGCUGCUCAAAGGUGACAUCCUGGUCAAAUGCUACCACAAAAACAUUCGGACGCUGAGCCGGGAGCCGGUUUUUCGUCUCCAGUUUCACACGGGCACCGUUCAGGGCUGCAGCCUCAUAUUUGAGAAGGAGGACCUUGAAAAUGCAAACAAAGACCCCAGGUUUCCUGAUUACGGCAAGGUUGAGCUCGUCAUGUCUGAGAGUCCAGAGAAGAUGCAAGGUUCUGAGCGAUGGGAGAAUGUUCCUGCCAUCACUGUGGAAUACAACACUGCAGAUCCACUGAUACGGUGGGAUUCCUACCAGAACAUCAGCUGUGACGCUGAAGUGUCACAUGCUCAAGAUCCCAAGGACGCCAGACCCCCCGCCAAAGUCGGCCAGAGAGGUUCUGAGGGGGUGCCGCAGAGACGGAUCCAGGGGGCACCCGCACGCAGCGAUCACACAGCGUCCACCAGCAGCGACUCCGGCCUCUCUAGCGCCUCCCUGAGGACGGGCCGGUCUUCGAAAAGCCCAUCCGAACCAAGAGUGCGGCCGAGCAGACUCGGGUGCGAGCAGGGUGAACCCCCUAGUGUGAUGUCGGAACGCGGGUCGGCCGCGGUGGGGAGGCAGGCGGGCCCGGGAGAACUUAGGCCGAAGCAGCAGGAGACGGACAUUCUGGACGACGAAGUCCCCGCCCACGACCUGCGCAGCGUAGACAGCCUUGGCACGCUGUCGUCUUCCGAUGGGCCGUACGGAGGCCACUACGAGGGAAGCCAGAACUCUCUGCUGUCGGAAGGCUUUGGCAGCGGAGCGGGCGAGGAGUACGCCCUGGCACGCCCACGUGAGGCCAGAAGAGUGGACGGCAAGCGGACGUGCUACUUUCACAGAAGCGCAUCCGUUUCCCCAGAAGUGCAGCCCCUGGCUUUUGGCGAGAGAGGCUACUCCACACAGACCUGGGUUCACCACCAACAAAUGGUGGCUGCCCAGCAAUACACUUUUCGACCCACAGAGGGCGCCGUGAGGUUCUCCCCCAGCAAGCAGAGCACCCUGACGAGGUCGUACGGACCUCAAGACACCCCCACGCACGGGGGAGCCCUGCAGCGGGCUCACAGCAUGCCGGUGCAUGGGCUCGCAGGUGCACACUCGGACGUCAGAGAAGACGACCUCGCUUCCCUCAACGUGGACAUCGACCAAUCCAUUGACCAGCUGAACCAGCUAAUCUUGGAUCUGGACCCCACCUUCGUGCCCGUUCCCACUCGAUCCAACUCGAGCAAGAGGGGUGGCGGGGCUCUCCUCAACGGAUCAGCCGGCCCCUGCACAAACGGAAUGAGUUACAGGCUUCUAGGUAAUAACGGGACAGUGUUGGAAAGCACACACCAGCCAGAUACCACAGCUUCUGACUACAGGGCAGGUACAAGACACGGCCUAAGCCGACAGGACAGCGUGACAGAGCACUUGAGGUGGGGAAUAGAUGACGAGAUCCAGAACUCUGCCAUCUACACACCUGGUCUGCCAUCCUCUCAGCUAGGUAUCUUGUACAGGAGUGACAGCAUAGAGAACAAGCCACACUGUGAGGAAUUUUCUGGAAAAGUGCCUGCUGGAGCAGAGAUGGUGGCUUCCACUCCUGCCUUCCCCAUCCCUCCGCCAACGCCCUAUGUGAAAGACGUGUUCGAGUUUUCCCACGCACCUGCCGGAUGCCGGCCCGGCGCCUCUCUUGGGAUGCAGAGGACAGAGCGCGAGUCCAGGGGAUACCCUGAGAGCCUGGGUCACUCAGCGGUGUCGCUCGAUGGGGAGGGCUUCCCCGUGGCUUUCCCGGCGCCCCCCAACCCUGCUGCAUACCAGCGGCCAUUCGCGUCCAUGCGUGCGGCAUCUGUCGACGGUCUCGUUUCCAGGACGGAGAGCCUGAAUUCUAAGCCCCGACUGAGGCAGCAGUGCUCUCUCGGUGGGUCUGGACCUGGAUUCACCUCCCAGUACCCUGGAUCCUUGGAGUACAACCCGCAGACCCAAUAUGGCCCCACUCACACGAACGACGGCACCCCCUCCUACCACAGCCGGUACCCUCCGAGCUGCAGUUCUGGCCAGAGCUUUGAAGAGCAUGACAGUUCCAGUCCCGGCAGGGGGGAUCUGGGUGUGAACGGGGUUCCGGAGCAGCCGCCCCUCCCGGAGAAGAGGAGGGUCUCCCAGGGAGAACAUGGCUUGGGGUUUGGGUCUCACGUCCCAAGCAACCACAGUGGGAGCCCCACCAACAUCCCCUGCGGAAGCCCCCUACCAGACCCCUUGGCGCGAGCUGCGAGUGCACCCCCGUCGGUACAUGAUGUGUUCGCUGGCAAGCAGGAGACCGUGAAGUUCGUGCAGGACACAUCUAAAUUUUGGUACAAGCCAGACAUCUCAAGAGAUCAAGCCAUCGCGGUGUUGAAGGACAAAGAGCCUGGAUCCUUCAUAGUUCGGGACAGCCACUCAUUCCGGGGUGCCUACGGACUGGCCAUGAAGGUGGCCACACCCCCUCCCUCUGUGCUGCAGCAGAGCAAGAGAGGGGGUGACCUGUCUAAUGAGCUGGUCCGGCACUUUCUCAUCGAGCGCACGCAGAAGGGUGUACGGCUCAAAGGGUGUCCCAAAGAGCCGAACUUUGGCAGCCUCACCGCCCUGGUGUGUCACCACUCGGUCAGCUCACUGGCCCUGCCCUGCAUGCUCAUCAUACCUGACCGAGAUCCUCUGGAGGACAUCGUAGGGCCUUCAGCACAGACAGCUGCCAACUCAGCGGCAGAGCUGCUCAAACAGGGAGCAGCCUGUAAUGUGUGGUUCCUGGGCUCUGUGGAGAUGGAGUCCCUAACAGGCUACCAGGCUGUGCAGAAGGCCACCAGCCUGACCCUGGCCAUGGACCCUCCACCCAUCUCCACGGUGGUGCACUUCAAGGUGUCCGCCCAGGGCAUCACCCUCACGGACAAUCAGAGGAAACUAUUCUUCAGGAGACAUCAUGCUGUCAACACUGUCAUAUUCUGUGCCUUGGACCCUCAAGACCGGAAGUGGACCAGAGAUGGCUCUUCCUUAGCGAAGAUCUUUGGCUUCGUGGCGAGGAAGGGGGGCAGCGCCACAGAGAACGUGUGCCACCUGUUUGCCGAACACGACCCUGAGCAGCCGGCCAGUGCCAUCGUCAACUUUGUCUCCAAGGUGAUGAUCGGGUCAGCAAAGACCAAGUAGGACCACUGCAGAUCCCCUGGACCGCGCUCAACCUUGCAUACGAUAUGACAUAUAGUUCGGAUUCCAGGUCAUUCUCCUGAAACUGCACACAUGGUCGUUCAUACUAUCUGUCUGGGGGUGACUGCUUUGACUUUGUUGGCAAAAGUCUAAUGCGGCUCAUUCCCUGAGUACCUUUGCUGUUACCUGGCGUCUCCAAAAUGUUUGUUUGAAAGGUACUCGACAGAACACCUUUAUCCAGUGCUUGUUAUUUUUAAUCGUUAUUUUGUACUGUUAAUACUGUAUAUACCCAUAUCCCAGAUUAAUGCCAGUGAUGCAACAUUAACACAGCUUCAGAUCAAAUACUAACAGCUAUUUCACGGAUGUAAAUGAACGUAACUUAUAUUGGUGCUGUUUUGUAAACGGGGCGACACUGCUCUCUGUAAAUAUGUUUGGUGAUCUUGCUGCUGAAGCCCCUCAUCACCAUUAUUUUAUUUAGCUACCUGUCCCUUAAAAAUACCAUUAUAUAAACACUAGAGUAUUUUUGUAUUUAAACUCUAAUAUAUUCUAUCAACGCAUUGCUAUGUUUAUAUAUAGUACAUUUUUAUUGAGAUAAAAACCUCAUCGUUCUAUAUACGCAACAGUGUUUAAUUGAUAUAUGUAGCUUAUUUACGCGUUUUUUUUCCAGUUAUGUUAUUUAUCAUUGUUUACUUUUGAUAAUUAUUUUAAAAGACGUUUUGAAGACAUCAUGCAUACUUUCAGUGUAUUGAGUGUCUUAAGGUUAAAUAGUUUGAUGUCUAUAAUAUUCUGAGUAUUUUAGGACUUUUUUUUACAAGAAGGACCGACCUGCCUGUGCUCUAUUUGUAUAGUUUGCAAAUAAUUGUAUAAUUUCUAAUAUUUCACACAAUAAUGUACAUAUAAUAGUCAACUAAACAAUAAGGAAGCAUUUUGUUGCAAACUGUUGGUGUUACUAGUUGGGAGUUUGACAGACUCAACCACAGCCAGAAUCAGUGACUUUUAAUGACUUAAUACCCAAUACAGUAUUUCACUGCACCCUCGUAUUUCUAUACUGUAUAUAUGCAAAUGGAAAUGGAAUGUUUAUAUAUGUUUAAAAAAUAAAAAUCUGAACAUUCCUUAAA